AUGACCGCCCUCUCCCUCAUGGCAGUCCCCGUCCUCUUGGAAACGACAUCUCUCCCAGCCCAACUCUUCCACCAGUGGGUGACCAUGUACGGCUACGGGCAUCGCGUGCUGCCCGGUCUCGCGAUCGUCACGUGCCUGAUCUACCUCCGCGUCGCUUUCACCCGGCGGCGUGCAAAGAACCACGCCUGGCCCCUAUACGCUCUGGCAGGGAUCGUGACUGUCAGUAUCGUGCCGUUCACGCUGAUCUUCAUGGUGAAGACGAAUGACACGUUGUUCGGGCUCGAGAGGGAUGCGAGGGUGAAGGGGUUGGUUAGCAUGGAUAUCGAGAUGGGGAAGCAGCUUGUCACUUGGUGGAGCCGCUUGCAUCUUAUGCGCUCGGUGCUGCCCUUGGUAGGGACAGUUAUAGGGGUCACGGCCGUGGUGGGUGAGAUCAAGAUGUGA